CACACUACACACAGACACACACACACGGUCCCCAGACCCAGACCUCCUCUGUGUGAGGAGUCAGUCCCCAGACCUCCUCUGUGUGAGGAGUCAGUUCCCAGACCUCCUCUGUGUGAGGAGUCAGUCCCCAGACCUCCUCUGUGUGAGGAGUCAGUUCCACUGUGAAUCACUAUGACGAGGACACUACUGCUGCUGUGUGUGACUCUCUGCUGUCUGAGUGUCUCUGUGGCCGGUGACGGCUCUACCUCUCUCCCGGAGGAGGACGGGGUUCUGCUGUUGAAGAAGGACAACUUUAACCGAGCUCUCAAACAAAACAAACAGCUGCUGGUGCACUUUUUCGCUCCUCUCUCUGGAGAUUCCCAGCGGCUGGCGUUGGCGUUCCGUGGAGCCGCGGAGCAGCUGAUUGGUUCGGAGGUGAAACUGGGCGUAGUCGACGUCUCCAAGGAAACCAAUCUGACCAAGGAACUGAACGCCACGACUCCACCCCCUCUACGGCUCUACCUAUCAGGAGACAGACACAACCCUGUACCCUGCCCAGUUUUCCAGAGUUCGGCCUCCAUCGUAACGUGGUUAAAGAGGAGGGCGGGGCCUAGUGCUGACAUCAUCACUGACCUGAACCAAUCAGAUCGCUUCGUCGCCUCAGAGGAGCUGGUUGUUCUCGGACUGUUUAAGGACGUGGAACGGGGUCGUGUGGAGGUUUUCUACGCCGCCGCCGUUGACCUCCCUGACCUCCCUUUCUCUGUGACCCGGAACCAAGACAUCUUCAGGAAGUAUGACAUCACACAAGACUCCGUGCUGCUAGUCCGACAGUCUACCCCUGUACAGGUAUUGAUGGUAACCAGUCAGAUGACUAAAGAGGACCUCAUCUCCUUCAUCACCGUUCAUCAACUGGAGCUGGUUACUGAAUACAACGGACAGACAGCCAGCCGUAUCCUCUCCUCUCCAGUGUUAAAUCACGCCAUUCUGUUUGUCAAUAAGACUGAUGAACGGUUUCAGACGGUCUACUCUGACUUCAAGGCUGCUGCUGCCCCCUACAGGGGAAAGGUAUUAUUUGUGAUGGUAGACGUGGACGAGCCGAGGAAUGGAAGAAUGUUGGAGUAUUUCCGUGUCCGGGAGAGUGAGGCUCCGAUGGUGCGAUUGGUUAAUCUGACGAGUCACGUGACCUAUCACCUGCCGUCCGACACACUGGACACGCCCACCAUUAUAGCGUUCUGUAAGACCUACCUGGAUGGCACCGCACAGCCUAAGAUGCAGAGUGAGGCUCUGCCUGCUGACUGGGACCAGAAGCCAGUUAUACAGCUGGUAGGAGAGAACCUGGAGAGACUGGCCUUCAACCCUGACAAGACAGCCUUCAUAAUGUUCUACCUGCCCUACAGUGAAGAGAGUCGUUCUCUGUUCCCACUGUGGGAGGAGUUAGCCCUUCACUUCCUGGACAGAGAGGAAGUUGUCAUCGCUCGCAUCGACGCCUCGGCCAAUGACUUCAACCUGUCGAUGAGAGAACGCUACCCCGCCCUCCGCCUGUUCCCCGCGCUGCACGCAGAGAGGGUGGUAGCCUACUCUGGUCAGAGGAACCUGAAGGAUCUGGUUCAGUUUCUGGAGAAAGAGAUGGAAAGAGCAAAGAUGGACAGGGCCCAAGAGGAGGAGGAUCGGAGGAAGUACAUUGAGACUCAGAAAGCUAUUGAGGCCAAAGAAGCAAAAGAAGCCAAAGAGGAAAAACAAGAGCUGUAGUGUGUUUACCUGUAGAAUAAAACCUGUAGUUAUAGUAGCUGUAACCUAGUAGUAUACAACCUGUAGUUAUAGUAGCUGUAACCUAGUAGUAUACAACCUGUAGUUAUAGUAGCUGUAACCUAGUAGUAUACAACCUGUAGUUAUAGUAGCUGUAACCUAGUAGUAUACAACCUGUAGUUAUAGUAGCUGUAACCUAGUAGACCUGUAGUUAUAGUAGCUGUAACCUAGUAGACCUGUAGUUAUAGUAGCUGUAACCUAGUAGUAUACAACCUGUAGUUAUAGUAGCUGUAACCUAGUAGACCUGUAGUUAUAGUAGCUGUAACCUAGUAGUAUACAACCUGUAGUUAUAGUAGCUGUAACCUAGUAGUAUACAACCUGUAGUUAUAGUAGCUGUAACCUAGUAGUAUACAACCUGUAGUUAUAGUAGCUGUAACCUAGUAGUAUACAACCUGUAGUUAUAGUAGCUGUAACCUAGUAGUAUACAACCUGUAGUUAUAGUAGCUGUAACCUAGUAGUAUACAACCUGUAGUUAUAGUAGCUGUAACCUAGUAGUAUACAACCUGUAGUUAUAGUAGCUGUAACCUAGUAGUAUACAACCUGUAGUUAUAGUAGCUGUAACCUAGUAGUAUACAACCUGUAGUUAUAGUAGCUGUAACCUAGUAGUAUACAACCUGUA